AUGUACAAGGACGAUCCUGUGGAGCGUCUGAUAGAUAUCGGCCCGGAAGAGGAGCGCCAGCAGGACCGCACUGGUACACCUGUGCCGCUCCACGGUACCGAGUCCGCAAUGGACUCUGAAAAAAGGUCUGAACUAGACAAUACGCCCAAGGAGCGCGAGUCUUGGAAAUGGCGCCGCGUACUCGGCCUCCCUACGUGCUAUUGGAUGUGGAUCGUGGCUCUCCUCUUGUACUUUGAGCCCAGUAUUUCCGAUGCACUCAAGUCGACGAAUGGGUUGACUAGGCUCAACUUCCAGCACCUUAUCGCCAACACGGCCAAGCCGCAAGGCUCGGCGGCUGGACGCGAAGCGGACCACUUGCAGUGCCGCCUCGCGAAUGCGACAGCCGGGCCGCCGCCGCAAUUUGGCAAACGCACGCAAAAUGACCGCUUCGUGCACGGCACGAAGCCGACUCUGAUCCAUAAUGCAACGCUAUGGACCGGCGAAGACAUCCUCCAUGGCGUCGAUAUCCAGAUGGAGUCGGGCAUCGUUACUUUUAUCGAAAAGACCGAGCCCGUGCACGUAUCCAAGCACAGCUUCGAUAUUGUCGAUGCACACGGCCGCUGGGUCACGCCCGGCAUUAUUGACAUGCACACGCACGUCGGGGUGAUGGGCAUGCCGUACAAAAGCAGCACAGACGACGGCAACUCGCGCCAGGGCGCGACGCGGCCCAUGGUACGCAGUCUGGAUGGCAUGAACGAGCAUGACCAGGACAUGCAUACCGCCGUCGGCGGCGGUAUUACCACGACGCUGGUGCUUCCUGGCUCGCUGAACAACAUCGGCGGCCAGGCCUACACGGUCAAACUCGGCAAGCUGCACGGCCGCCCGCCGAGCUCGCGUGUACUGGAUCCCCCUCGCAGUCUUAUUCUUCCUGGCGAGCGCGAAAAUGGGCGCGAUGCGCUGUACACCAAAGCAUCCGGCAUGCACCGCGGCGAUACCACCACCUCGUUCCGGCACAUCAAGAUGGCGUGUGGCGAGAAUGCACGCAAGUACGGCCUCGUGCGCCUGGACGAGGCGUGGAAUUUCCGCCGCGAGUUUGAGCGCGCACAAAAACUGCUCCGGCGCCAGGACGACUUUUGCGCUGCGCUCGAGCAUGGCGAUACGCCUGCCGAGCCGAGCUUUCCGUCGGAGCUUGAGCUCGACUCGCUGGUGGAUGUGCUGCGUGGCCGCACCAAGGUGCAUACGCACUGCUACACGAUGAACGACCUCGAUGCAAUGGUGCGCCACUCGACCGAGUUCUCGUUCCCGAUUGCCGCCUUCCACCAUGCGCACGAGACGUACAUGGUACCUGAGCUCCUGCACAAGGCCUACGACCACCCCCCGGCGGUCGCCAUGUUCAGCACGAAUGCGAACUACAAGUACGAGUCGUACUUUGGCACACCGUUUGCCGGUGCGCUCCUCCGUGCGGCCAACAUUACGCCUAUCUACAAGAGCGACCACCCCGUGCUGGACACGCGCCGCCUCGUGCACCAAGCUGCGGAGGCGCACCACUUUGGCCUCGACGAGAUCGAUGCGCUGAAGUCGGUCACGUCGGCGCCUGCCCACGUCCUCGGCCUCUCGCACCGUGUCGGCCAUGUGCGCAGCGGUGCGGACGCAGACGUCGUGCUGUGGGACCGCCACCCGCUGCAGCUUGGCGCGACGCCGGUGCAAGUUUUUAUCGAUGGCGAGGCCCAACUCGACAACCCGCAUGCCUCGGGCGAGGACGUGACGCACUCCAAGCCGCAGUCGGCGCCCCGCCAGCCCGACUACUCGAGUGAGAUCCAGCGUGUGCACAAGGCCGAGCCUGCGGUGGCCGAUGCGCGUGCGCUUGCCUUCCCCACGCCGAGCGAGUACGUGGACAGCGCGGUGCUGCUCAACGUCAAGUCGUUCUACCACCGGCGCAACAAUGGCAGUACGACGCGGAUCGUCGCCGAGCACUUUGACAAUGCUUCGGGCGUCUUGGUGUACCACGGCGGCUCGCUCGUGUGCGUCGGCACGGCCGACUGUCUUGCGCUUGCGCCGCACAAGGCACAGCGUGUGAAUACGCACGGCGGCACGAUUGUCCCUGGCCUGAUUUCGUACGGCGGCACGCUGGGCCUUGCGGAUAUCCCUGCCGAGGACUCGGCCAAGGCCGGUCAGGACCCGUCGGCGGUGAACGAGUACGCGGAGCUACAGAAGCGCGUCAUUCCCCGUGCGGUGGAUGCACUGACGUGGGGCGGUCACGACAUGCUCCGUGCGCAUGCGUCGGGCGUCACGACGGCCAUCUGCGGCCCCGAUGUCAUGGGCCCUGUGGGCGGCAUCCUGACACAAUUUGAUACCAAUGUGCGCACCAUCCUUGAUCCCUUUAGCGUGCGUGCGACCGAGGUCGCGCUGCACGUCGCAUUCGAUCGUUCCGGCCCCUCACUUGGCGCAUUGAUCGGCAUGCUGCGCCAGGUGCUUGAGGACCCGCCGACACGCGAGUGGAAGCGUGUCGUGGCUGGCGAGCUGCCGCUGGUCGUCAAUGCCGACAGCCAAGAGGUGAUUGCGCAGCUGAUCCUCCUGCGCAAGUCCUUCCCCAAGGUCCGUCUGGUAAUCGACUCGCUCGGACCGCUGCACAUGCUGGCGGAGCACCUUGCCGCAAACGACAUUGGCGUGCUGAUGCCGAACAAGGUGUGGCUGUACGAGUGGGACAGUCUGGACCGCCUGCGUGGCCCGCCCUUUACCCCCGAUACCGAGCUGCGCGUUUUGCUCAAGCACGGCGUCAAGGUCGGCAUUCGUAUUGCCGAGUCCUGGGAGGCCGCACACCUCAUGUGGGAGACGGCGUGGGCCGCUCAAGAGGCGCACGUCACCGACCCCGCUACGAUUCUCGAGCUGAUUACGACCAAUCUGGAAUCGCUCCUGGGUCUGCCCGCUGCGCCUGGCGCCGACUUUGUCGUGUACGACAGCAAUCCCUUUACGUAUGGAGCCAAGGUCCUGGCCGUUGGUACGCCACGCUCGCUCGAGCUGUUUUCGUAG